AUGAAACAUUUUCACUCUUCAGUGGGUUUUCUCAUAAUUCUUUGGCUCUCGCUGAAUCUGUGUGCUGUCACGGCCUCGGAGUUUCAUCUGGAUGGUGAUUAUUUAAUCGGAGGACUGUUUGAUAUUCAUCAUGUUAAUAGUUCAGUUUAUCUCAGAAGACCCGAAGCCAUCGACUGCUCCAGCCAAGCUUUCUCUCUGUCAAAUUACCGGAAGGUUCAGUUGAUGAGAUUCUCUGUGGAGCAAAUCAAUAAUUCUACCAACCUGCUCCCAAAUGUUUCUCUUGGCUAUGACAUAUUUGAUCAAUGCUCAGACACACAAAAUUUCCCAGAAAUGUUUAAUCUCAUGUCAGAAAAUGGCGUGGUCCAGCCAUGGGAUGAACCACAAACCAAGAAUUUCUCAAUUGAACCCAAAGCGAUUGCUGUGGUUGGCGCUUUCACCAGCACCAACACCCUGGCUGUAGCCCCUCUAUUUAUGUCAAAACUAAUACCAAUGGUUAGCUAUGGAGCUGCCAGCUCUGCCCUCUCCCAGAAAAGCAAAUUUCCAUCUUUUCUCCGAACAGUGCAUUCCAACAAAGAAAUCAUAGAUGUCAUGGCCAACAUUAUAGUGCACUUCAGCUGGCGAUGGGUUGCUUUCCUUUACAGUGACAAUGAUUUUGGUGUUGAUGGACUGGAACUUUUCAUAAAAGCAAUUAAGGAUACUGAGAUCUGCCUUGCCUAUAGCAAAGGCCUCAAUGAUGAUACAGAGUACUCUCAAACAUUCAAGAUUUUAGAGGAACAGAAAUUAAACACCAUCAUAGUUUUCUCCACAGAUUUGCAUGGUGAAGCUCUCAUUGAGUCAGCAAUUCGACUGAAUGUCACUAAAAAGGUGUGGAUAACAGGGGACACCUGGUCUUUAAACAAAAGGCUCCUAGCGUUGGAAGGGAUCAAAAACAUUGGAACUGUCCUUGGGGUGGCUCAGUCAGUAUUACCAAUUCCUGGUUUUGACAAUUUCAUCUAUUCUACCCAAGGCCAGAGGCCAAAAGAACAUGGGUUUUGUAAUCAGGACUGCAACUGCAGCAAUAUAAUCCCAGAGGACAUUAUUUCAAUGGACCCAUCCUUUUCAUUUGCCGUUUAUUCGGCUGUGUAUGCCAUUGCUCAUGCCUUACACAACGUCUUGCAGUGUGAAGCUAUCAAAUGCAACCAUGAUAUUAAAGUGCACCCGUACAAGGUUUUGGAGGAGCUGAGGAAGUCAAAUUUUACACUCUUAAAUGUGAGCAUUGGGUUUAAUGAUGAUGGGAACCCCAUGUUCGGAUCGUACUCCAUAGUUUUCUGGAACCAUAGAAGCAUUGCGGAGGAGAUUGGCUUUUAUAAAUUCUACCCGUCUGUAAGUUUUUUCAUCAACAGCUCCAAGAUCAAGUGGUUCACCAAUCAAAAGGUACCCAUUUCCCAGUGUUCCCAAGAAUGUCCUUCUGGAUAUGCAAAGACCCAAACUGGGGUCCACAAAUGCUGCUUUAAGUGUGAAAUUUGUCCAAAUGGAACCUACAUCAACACUGCAGAGGAUCCUUACAACUGUGUCAGCUGCAAGGAGACAGAGUGGUCUGAGCCAGGAAGUACAAAAUGUAGUCAGCGGCUGAUGGAGUACGUACCAUUCACAGACGCUGGAGCUAUUCUGAUCAUAACUGGGGCUUGCAUCUUGGUGGGCCUGACUGUAGCAGUAACUUUUCUCUUUACUAUCAACUACACCACACCUGUUGUGAAAUCAGCUGGAGGACCGAUGUGCUUCCUAAUUUUAAGCUGUCUAAUUCUGUGUAGUCUUAGUGUGUUCUUUUACUUUGGAAAGCCAACAACAGUGUCCUGUAUUUUACGAUACUUACCCUUUCUCUUGUUCUAUACGGUUUGUUUGGCUUGUUUUGUUGUGCGCUCUUUUCAGAUUGUCUGUAUUUUCAAAAUAGCUGCAAAGAUCCCCAAACUUCAAAACUGGUGGAUGAAAUAUCACGGACAGUGGCUGGUCAUUACUGGGGCUUUUGUCAUCCAGGUGAUUUUUCUAAUUAGCAGUUACUGUGUUGGUACGCCCAUUCCACACCGUGACGCAGUCUCCUACAAGGACAGGAUUAUUCUUGGCUGCAACAUUAACAUUGCAGCUACCAUAGUCUCUGUCAUUGUACCGCUUUCCCUGUGCACUCUUUGCUUUAUUUUCUCUUACAUGGGGAAAGACCUUCCAAAAAAUUACAAUGAGGCCAAAGCAAUAACAUUCUGCCUGCUGCUGCUGAUCUUUACCUGGAUCAUCUUUGCCACAGGGUACAUACUCUACCAAGGAAGGCACAUCCACACUUUUAAUGCCCUGGCAGUGCUCUCAAGUCUCUUCUCGUUUUUGCUAUGGUAUUUCCUCCCAAAAUGUUAUAUCAUUGUUCUGCAGCCUCACAAAAACACACAACAGUACUUUCAGGGUCUCAUUCAGAACUACACCAAAGCAAUCAGCCAUUAG